AUGCCGCUAUCGGAAGGCGAUCCUCCCGGAAACGGCGGAGUUAUCCAGGUCAUCCAAUCGCCAAAUGAUAAAAAGAAGUAUCGAUACAUGGUGCUGGAGAAUGGGCUUCGCGUGCUGUUGAUCAGUGAUCCGGAAAUGCAGAACACGUCGGCGGCGGAGGAUGAUGGCCAGGGGCCCAUGGAGGUGGAGGGCGGGAGGGGGGCUGCGGUGGGCGGAAAGCCAGCCACCGCUGCCUCUGGCGCUGGUGCCAAGCAACCGCGCCAGGAUGGCAAGGGCCGCGGUGCCGCUGCUGCCGCUGCUGCUGGCAGCGAUGAGGAGUCCAGCGGCGACCUUAUGUCUGGUGAUGGUGAAGGCGAUGAAGGGGAGGAUGAGGAGAGCAGUGGGAGCAGGAGCGGCAGUGGGGAGGGCGAUGAGGAUGAGGAUGAGGAUGAGGAGAUGACAUCGAGAGAAGGGGGAAGUGGCAGCGGGGGGGGAGAGGAGGAGGAGGAAGAGGAGGAGGAGGAGGGCAGCAGGCGCCGCGGCAAGAAGGGUGGUCAUAAGGCCCCCGUGAAGAAGGCGGCUGCCGCGAUGGCGGUGGGGGUGGGCAGCUUCAGCGACCCCGAGGACCUGCAGGAGGUCACCAACUACCACUUCGAGGUGGCCCCCGCCCACCUGGCCGGGGCGCUGGACCGCUUCGCGCAGUUCUUCAUUGCGCCGCUGUGCAAUGAGGGUAGCAUGGAGAGGGAGGUGUUGGCAGUGGACAGCGAGUUCUGUCAGGUGCUCCAGGACGACCACUGCCUCCUGGCGCAAAUCAUGUGCCACACGUCCCGGCCGGGCCACAUCUACCGGAAAUUCAGUUGGGGUAACAAGGCCAGCCUCUGGGAGCAGCCGCGGCUGGCGGGACUGGACGUACGGCGAAGACUGCUCGAGUACUACAAUCGUCAGUACGGCGCCGACCGCAGCUGUUUGGUGGUGUUGGGGGGUGAGGAGCUGGACGAGCUGGCUCGAAUGGUGGUGGAUGGUUUCGGAGCCAUGCCGUCAGGCCGGGGCCCUCAACCCUCUUUUGCGGCCUUGGAGCCGCCCUUUGAGGGUCGCUUCCUCCACGUGCUGCCCGCUGUGCGGGACGGCCACGAGCUGAAAUUAACCUUCCAGCUGCCGCCGAUGCAGCGGCUGUACGGCAGCAAGGCCGACUCGUACAUUAGUCACUUGCUUGGCCACGAGGGUCCGGGCUCGCUGCUGAGCGCGCUCAAGGUAGGUCCGCAGGAGUGGGUGUGGCAGGAGAUGAGGGCGGUUUCGGAGCAGCGGUGGAGGUUUCUGGAGGAGGCCGACCCCAUGGAUACAGUCAGCAGGCUGGCAGGUGCCAUGCACAUCGCCCGGCCCGAGCACACCCUGGUUUCGGAGUAUCUUCACGAGCGCUGGCAGCCAGACCUGGUGGCCAAGCUGCUGGAGAAAAUGGAGCCAGCGGCACCGGGCGUGUCGUACAGGAUUGACCUGCUGACGAGGCGGUACGACGAGGUCAAGUCCCGUGUGCUGGCACUGUCCUCUCGUGAGGGAGUCGAGGCGCGGGAGGAGCGGGAGCCCUGGUUCAACUUGGAGGUGGUGGUCAUGCAGCUGUCUGUUGGUGUCACUGAGGCCGCAAUCAGGUGUGAUGACCCCGGCACAGUGGUUUCGGAGCCCUCCGUGUGCCGGUUCCGGAGCCCCCCCGAGCUGCUGCCCGCGGGGGUCACGACCCUGCUGGCCACACCCCCGGUACUGCUGCUGGACCGACCUGGACAUUCCGCCGUUCGUGGUGCAGCUGCUGUCCAAUUGCCACGUGGAGGCGUUUGUGCACGGCAAUGUCACGUCCGCGGCUGCCGUACAGCUGGCGGAGGUAGUGGUUUCGGCGCUGGGUCCGGGAUCUUGUACGAGCCAUGUUACGACACACUCCGUACAAAGCAGCAACUGGGCUACUCGGUGUACAGCGGCACCCGACUUACGGGGGGGGUCAGUGGCUUCUGUGUGCAGGUGGUUUCGGCGCGUCACCCUCCGGAGCAUCUCGACGUGUGCGUGGAGCUGUUCCUGGCCUCGAUGGCCCCCCGCAUCCGCGACAUGGGUGCGCGGGAGCUGGGCACCCACGUGGGGGCGCUGGCGGCCGCCAAGCUGCAGAGGGACCGCAACCAGCUGGACGAGGCAAGCCGAUUGUGGGGUCACAUCACCAGUCAGAGGUACGGGCACAUACGGGCACACACACUGAGUAUAUAUAUCAGGUACAGCCUGGCUCAGGCCCUAUGCGGCGUCAUUCCUACACCACACCACUGCUCUGCGGCAGUGUAUCUUGCGCUGCGGUGUGGAGGGCGGGUGUGGAGGGCGGGUGUGGAGGGCGGGUGUGGAGGGCGGGUGUGGAGGGCGGGUGUGGAGGGCGGGUGUGGAGGGCGGGUUAUGACUGUCGUACGAGCAGGCGAGGCGGUGUGCAAGGGAGGGGAGAAGGCAGCGAAGGGCUGGUUAGCUGGUUAA